GACACCUCAAGGAAAACAGUAAAAUAGCUAACACUAAUUAUUUAACAAUACGCUUAUUCUUUUACAACACGCUUAUUAAUAUAUAAAUGCAUAAUAUCCAUGCAUAAACAUUCUGUCAAACGCGAACUUUUAUUAAUAUAAAUUUAAUACACACAUUUAAGCAUAUCACACUCAGUCUUACAGGCCUACAUUAAUUUGGGUCUGAGUGAGCCACGCUAGUUUAUUCACGCCCCUUCGCUUGUCCUUUUUUUUCUUCUUAGCUGAAGGCGCAGUUGCUGUCUGUGGGAAGAGAUCUGGCGAUCAGGAACCGCGGGUGCUGAACGGUUCAGUUCUACUUUGCUAGACUACAUUAGUUACUUCAUUAGAGGGCCGGUAUGCAGAAUUAACACUGAUCUCGUGCAGAAGUGGAGGCAGCGCUUAGGGUGCACUGGACUGCAUUUAUUAAAACAGUCUAUGAAGUCUGGCAAGCUUGGAUAACAGAAGCUUCUUGCGUUAUGAGGAGGACACCUAACGUGUGCAGCGGGCUCAAAUAGCGCGAGAAAGCGGAGGAAAAGAGAUGCAUUUCUAGACAGCCGAAUAACAGAUCCAGCUUUCUAAAUGCGUCUUCUUAUCGAGCAGCCAAGAACAAUGAGCAGUGGCUCUAGCAACUUUCUGCUAGUUCCUAUACCGGAGUAUCCUCUACUAGACUGCGUGCCAAACAAAAACGUCAAAAUAGUUGUUCUUGGGGCAAGCAAUGUCGGAAAAACAGCUCUGAUUGUAAGAUUUCUCACUAAAAGAUUCAUAGGAGACUAUGAAGCCAACACAGGAGCCUUGUAUUCAAGGAAGAUUGAUUUGGAUGGGGAGCAAGUUUCUUUACAAGUGCAGGACACUCCGUGUGUCUCACUGCAGGAUGAUGCAGAAGGUCUGUACUGUCAAGAGCAGAUCAACCGUUCCAUUUACUGGGCAGAUGGUUAUGUGCUCGUAUUCUCCAUCACUGACCUCAACAGCUACCGGACCAUCCAGCCUCUCUAUCAACAUGUGCGGCGAAUCCAUCCCAGCGGCAACAUCCCUGUUAUCAUCGUGGGAAACAAGAGCGACCUGCUGCGUGCCCGGCAGGUCCCGGAUCACGAGGGUAAGGCGCUGGCUGAUGAACUGGGAGAGCCCUACUUUGAGGCUUCGGCCAGGGAAAACCAUGAGAGCGUCCAGGCUGCCUUUCUGUUCUUAUGUCAGGAGGUAAGCCGAGCGCUGGGAGGAGGAAAUGGGGAGAAGAGAAAAGGUGGACUACACCUUGCCAGGCCAAAGAGCCCGAACAUGCAAGAGCUGAAGAGAAGGUUCCGGCAAGUGUUAUCAUCCAAGGUCAAGUCAGCCACUGCACUAUGAUGAUGAUGAUAUGAUUGACGAAUGUGACUGUAUAGGAUUCAGAAAGUGUUAACAAAUUGCUAUUGCGUAAGUGAUUGUGAAACACAAGGCAAAACAAUGAAACUCAUAGAAGAUGAGCUGUGAGAUCACUGCACUCUGGAUGAACUGUAACAUGGGACUCCUGGCACUGAACUUCUAAUGGUUUUAAGGCCCAAAAAUCUGUUUUUGUUUUAUUUUUUAGCUGCUAUUAUGCAAAUGUUUCCUGGUUUUCCAGGAUUAUAAUUCAUUUCUCAAAUUCAGUUGUUUAAUCAUGAAUUUCUUUCAUUUAUAAAUGAGGAUUAUAAAUUAAUUUCCUCUUUUAAUGUGAAGCUAGGAUAAAAAGAUUAUUUUUGACCAAAGCCAUUUAUUACAUAUAUUGAAAGUAGCAAAGUAAAACAAACAUACUGAAGGACCAUUUAUUGGACACAUAAGAUUAUUGCAGUCUUUUCUUAAGAUUCUCAUGUGACUGGAGCAGUUUUACAAAAUGCUAUUCUAGGAUUAUCCCAGUUUUUCCUGACAGUGGGAGAAAUAAUCCAGCUAUGUUGUCUAGAAUCGUGGGAGGAAGAGGUUGUUGACUGGUGGUUCCCAUGACCUUUGACCUACUAACACUGUGUCAAGUAUUUGAGUGUAAUGUGGAGAUUCGUAGAGGGUCUCCUUUGCUUGUUUCUUCCAGAUCUCCCAUUCACCCACUUAGAUGGACGUUUGUUUAUCUUGCAGUACAGAUGAAAUAGCAUUCCUCUCAAGCAGGUCUGUUGAUUUCUGAACUAAACUGUUGGUCAUGCACCCAGUUAGAGUCAUUGACCUCUAACAUUUCACCUCUUCACCCAAUGGCCUAAUGAAAAGCAGAUUCAUAAAGUGACUAGCCUUGAAUUCUCUGCUCAUGGAAAAUGACAACAUGUUCAUUUCCUUAUACUAUGACAAAGUAAAGGAAUGGUAAAAUAAACGGUAUAUGCUGUGGUGAUUUGAUUUCUUUCUUAACAAGCCUUCAGGCUCUCUCUCUCUUUGUCUCCCUCUUGUUUUACAUAAGUCAACGAUAUUUUCAAAUACUUUCUUAUGUCAAAAUCUCCAUUUCAUUUCAACUGAAAUGUUCUCAUAUAAUUCUCAGAUCAUUGCAAAUAGAGAACUCGUUGGUUGAUUGGCAGUUAAUAUUAUUAUUUUUUUGUUCAUUUCUCUUGUAUCGCUCUGCAGACUCACGCUUUCUCUUUCAUGCACCUUAUCGAACAAGUAUACAGGUAAAUAUGCAGGUAAAAUUAUAAAAUAUUUCAAACUGAAAUAAAUUUAAUGUCCACGUAUUUUAUAAUUUGUUUAGUAAGUAGUUGUGUAAAAAACCAAAGUAUGAGUGUUUGCGACACCAUUGUAAGUUGAAAAUGCAUGUUACCUGGCCUGACUAUAACAUUUAAGUAGGCCUACAAUUAGAAAAAUCAGAGGGAUCUGGUGAUGGAUUAGACCACAAGCCUGAAUCAGUGGCGCCUCUCCUUUAGUUUGCAUAAAACAGAUUUAAUAAACCAUCUCUCUGACAUUACCAUCA